GCACAUUACGCCAUUACAAUUUUAUUGUGAAAGCUCACACAGGAAGUGGUACUUUCCCUUUAGAGUUGACUUGACUCAACCAAAGAGAGCAACGGGCACACGGUGGCUACUUGAACGAAAACGGGGGAAGCUUGCUCAAGAACCGGCUAGGCUGUCGUCGGGAGCUCAGCAUGCCACAAUACAAAUGCUGAGCGUGGGUCCGAAACAACCGUAUUUACCUCCUGAACGACAAUCGUUGACGGCCACGCCCCGUGUCCACCGACCGGAGCCCGUACAAAACUGCUGGCGGAGGCGCUACGGUGAGCGGUUUGAAACCCAGCAGGGCGGCUAGCGGGCUCACAGCGGAGAGGAAGCAGGAGUGUCGGCUGUUUUGGGAACCAUGAGAGAGUACAAAGUAGUGGUUCUCGGGUCCGGUGGGGUCGGAAAAUCCGCAUUGACUGUCCAGUUCGUGACGGGAUCCUUCAUAGAAAAAUAUGACCCCACGAUAGAGGAUUUCUACAGGAAGGAGAUCGAGGUGGACUCGUCUCCGUCCGUCCUGGAGAUCUUGGACACGGCAGGGACGGAGCAGUUCGCCUCCAUGCGAGACCUGUACAUCAAAAACGGGCAGGGUUUCAUCCUGGUCUACAGCCUGGUGAAUCAGCAGAGCUUCCAGGAUAUCAAACCGAUGAGGGAUCAGAUCAUUCGGGUGAAAAGGUACGAGAGGGUGCCGAUGAUUCUGGUUGGAAACAAAGUGGACCUAGAGGGGGAAAGGGAGGUCUCGUCCGGUGAGGGAAAGGCACUGGCGGACGACUGGAACUGCCCGUUCAUGGAAACUUCAGCCAAAAAUAAAAGCUCGGUGGACGAACUGUUUGCAGAGAUAGUCCGACAGAUGAACUAUGCCUCAACACCAAAUGGCGACGACCAGUGCUGUUCGUCUUGUGUAAUUCUUUAAGAAAAAGGACAACCAUGAAGUUUUAUUCUUUGCUCGGUUUUAAGUUUGCAAUGUGUGUUGCAGCAAGUGUGUACUGUUGAGCUCUUCUUCAUGUCUCACCCUGGCCUUGGAGGAAAAUGAAGGGAGGAAUGCUGCAGGGGGACGAGAGGAGGAGGGGAGCAACUGAGACAGAGGGAGGGGUCCACUCUUCAGGAAUUCUGCUGGGUUGGAGUAUCUUUGCUGCACGAUCAGUGUCCACCAUUGAUGUCAACACAGUGUCAGAUCCAGAGUUUCAGCAACAACCCCCUCGCCAGUUCCAACUGUACUCCCAACUGGAACUAAACCCCAAUGGAAAAGAUAUGGAGGGCAACACUUAGAGACACAUAAAUGGAUAUUUCUGUAUAAGAAGAAGAAAGAGAGAUAGAGUAUAUUUUGUUAAAUAACUGCACAGUCUGGGGCAGGUAAAGAUUUGGGUGAUGUCUCUGCCUAACCCAUUUUGGAGCAAUGCUCCACAACACUCCAAAUCCUAUUUUUUCCAAAGUCAAAAGUAAUUGACACCACUUAUCUGCUGGUGGAGUAAAUGUGAUGAGUGCCACUUUUUUUUCCUUCAUCUCCUCGUAAGUGUGUGAGAGGACCUUAACUGAAGUGACAUGGGGACGGUGCCCCGAUCGCCCUUGUGUCGAGUGCCUUUCCAAAACAAAUCAGCUGUUCAGAUUUAGUGCCAACCUACAUGUAUCACCAAAAGAACUCUUCAACUUGGCAAUCCACAAACUAGUGAACUGUUCACCUGGAUAAUCUCGUAGGGUGGAGGCUGAAAAAAAAAAAAAACUACAAUAGGCUUUUUGUUAAUGGAAUGGCGGUUUUCUGUAUGUUUUACGUUGGCCUUUUUGAAGUCUAAGGUGUUCAUUUUGCAAUGUCUGCUUGGUCUGGCCAAACCUAUAUCUUGAAAUGCACAGGUACUGGAACCCCCUAGACGUGAUAACAACACCAAACGCUUACCUGCCAGACCACUUAAAUCAAAGGAAUUCUGUUUGUUCUGUUCAUUUUGUUGUUUUUAACAGGAAAUGUGAUGAUGUACUGUUGACAAAUCUAACCUGAUUGUAAGUUUAAUUUCAGACCAGCCUUUUAACAGUGGGCUGUUGGUUUUAAAAACAAGACUUUUAAUACAAAUUGCAUUUUUUAAAAAAGAAA